CUUUCCAUGGACGUGUUGCUAUUUAUAGCUAUCUUUUAGCCAUGUAGAGAGAAAAUAUUUGUACUCUGGGCAAUCUGAUCGCUUGCUUGUAAUCCACGCCUUGGCCCAUAUGCUUGCUUUUAAGCAGUUGCAAUCAAUCAUUAGUGAUGUCACAGCAGUUUCCAUGGUAACUCUGUGACAUCACAAAGCACAGGUUAUGACCUCUUUGUUCCAGCUAGAAGUGAAGUUAUAGAGGAGAAACUUGUGGCUGAAGAUGAUCAAUCAUAGCAAGUUAAUUGGCAAGGGGAGAAAAUAUCAGAGACGUUCGAUCCGCCAGAGCAGCAACUUGAAGAAACGCCUCCUUCUCUGGACUUGGCUUCCAUGCUGAAAACAUUCAAGGGGAUACUAAAGAGAUCGGAAGCACCAUGGACGGCUUCUAUGAUCAGCAAGUCCCUUUCAUGGUCCCAGGGCAGCCCUGCCCGGAGGAGUGUCGAGGCCGGCCAGUGACGGAUAGAAAAAGGAAGUUUUUGGACACGGAUCUGGCGCAUGAUUCAGAAGAGCUGUUCCAAGAUCUCAGCCAACUUCAGGAGGCAUGGUUAGCUGAAGCCCAAGUUCCUGACGAUGAACAAUUUGUCCCGGAUUUUCCGUCCGAUAACUUGGUCCUCCACGCCCCGCCUCCGACCAAGAUCAAGCGGGAGCUCCAUAGCCCUUCCUCCGAGCCGCCGUCCUGCAGCCGCGAACAGGCUCUCUGUGCUACCUACGGAGACAAGUGCCUCUACACCUAUUGGGUUUGGUUGUGGGAGAAGUUGGUUUUGGAGGGCCCAUGCCCCCUGCGGGGGGCUCCUCCACCUGCCCCGCACGCUCUGCAGGAGCCCCGGCAGCAAACCUUCGUCAUGCCCCGGCCACCGCAUCAGCCCAUGCACAUGCCAAAGAUGAUGCCCGAACACCAGUAUCCACCGGAGCACAGGUUUCAGAGACAGCUGUCGGAGCCCUGCCACCCGUUCCCUCCUCCGCCGGGCCUUGCUGGGGACAGUCGCCCCGUCUACCACAGGCAGAUGUCUGAGCCGAUAGUCCCGGCCGCUCCCCACCCGCCUCAGGGAUUCAAACAGGAGUACCCCGACGGGGCCCCGGGCGUGCCCGGCCCCCCGCGGCAUGGCUACCAGUCGCCGAUGGGCAUUAAGCAGGAACCCAGGGAUUACUGCAUUGACUCAGAACGGGACGCUUUCUUCUCAGGCUUUUCCUAUGACAAAGAGGCCCGGCUGUACUUCGACGACACGUGCGUCGUGCCGGAGAGGCUGGAAGGGAAAGUGAAGCAGGAGCCCACCCUGUAUCGGGAGGGGCCGCCGUACCAGAGACGGGGCUCGCUGCAGCUUUGGCAGUUCCUGGUGACGCUCCUGGACGACCCGGCCAACGCCCACUUCAUUGCCUGGACGGGCCGGGGCAUGGAGUUCAAGCUGAUCGAGCCCGAAGAGGUGGCUCGACGGUGGGGAAUCCAGAAGAACCGACCGGCCAUGAACUACGACAAGCUCAGUCGUUCUCUGCGCUACUACUAUGAAAAGGGCAUCAUGCAGAAGGUGGCCGGCGAGCGGUACGUCUACAAAUUCGUCUGUGACCCUGAUGCCCUCUUCUCCAUGGCCUAUCCGGACAAUCAGCGCCCCUUCCUGAAAACCGAGCCCGACUGCCCGGUGACUGAAGAUGACACCUUGCCUCUGACGCAUUUCGAAGACAACCCGGCUUACCUCCUGGAGAUGGAUCACUGCAGCGGCCUGCCCUAUGCGGAGGGCUUUGCUUACUGACUGGCUGACCGCUAGCGCUGCAUGGCCACGUCGGGGCAAACGAGCAGUGGCUUUGUAACGAAUGUUUGCUCUUCGUCAAACUGGACUCUGUGAGCAUGCUGGUGGAGCCUCUCAAAUGUACAUCCAGUGGCCCCGCUGACGACAGAAUCCGGUAGCUUAAGGACUAGGGGUAGGUCUGCCAAAGGCUGCAGCCACGGAGAGACUUCCAGGGAGGAGGCUAAGGUGAAGUCUUUGUUCCAGGCCAUGUUGCUGUGGACAUACGUGGGAGGCGUGGCCGUUGUGCCCCCCCGGAACGUGGCUCGACAGCGAGUGUACAGCACAUCGUCCAGACAAUCUGCUUUGUAUCAAUCACAAUACUCGUAGCUGCCUUGUGUGUUGGAAAGGGCUUUGUUUUGCACAGACAAUGGAUUCGCAGGGCGAGGGGGCAAUCCGAGCUAGUCUGGUUUAGGCUUAAAGUGUGGUGCAUGGCAUCCUGGCAGUGGGACGCCGUUCUGGGUGGUUUCAAAUGCAUGGCACUCCAGUUGGAGCCGAGGAAACCUCCGUUUUCUCUCGCAACAAAAACAAACCCCACCACACAGCUCCCAUAACUCCCAAACUGGCUCCUGAUCUGUGGAGUCCGUCGCCUCCUCCCUGUUGGAUGCUCGGGAGCGGGCUUUCAUUGCAGGGGAAGAGGGGGUUGUGGCAGGGGGUUUUCCCCCACAUGUUGGGGGAAAGUUUAUAAACCAAUUUUGUAGUCUUUUGUAUUUUAAGGCAAAGCUGCUGUUUGCGAGCCCGGGGCUUCUGUUCUCCGUGGCAGCGCCAGUGCUCUGAGGACGUGGUGUCCUGCCUGGCGCCUUCGCCACCAGCCACGCCCGUUCGCGCCUGCUUUGCACACUUCGCGUCGGGUACUGAACAGAACAGGCGCGCUGUGCGUUUCAGAGCGUGCUUCUGCCAGGCAGCUGGGCGCCGCUGUUUGGGUCCUGCGUAUGCAGCUCCCAUGCUCUGGGAAUUCUGUGUAUAUAAUCCAUGCAUAUCCCCUUGGGUUAACUGUCCGAGGCGUACCAGCCGGUGGCCCGGCUACCAUGGUCCUCCCCAACUACCUAUUCCCCUCCGUUUCACUGCUCCAAUUUUAACCCUCCACCGCACUCUUUGGGCUUGAGACCGUGUGUGAAACAAACGAAUAAUAGAACCCUCCCUGUGAGUUGCACGUCACGGUUCCUUCUUCCGUGUGGUUAGGCUGAGCUGCAUAUUUUAUAGGAGCAGGCUUUUUAAAAAAAGAAUUAGGCUGUAAUACCUGGAUGGGGGAGGAGGUCAGGGCUGACUCACCAUAAACAAAACUUACUCUGGUUCACCUAAACCCCACACCCUCAUGCAGUUGCCGCUUCCUAACUAACCCGCACCACUCCCAUAUACGAUACCUAUAUGCAUCUUUUUCCCCCCGACUAUCUAUACGUUUUUGUUGUAAAUGCUGUAUAGGGGUUUUUUUCUUUCUUAGUUAACUUGGUUUGGGUUUGUUGACUGAGUCGUUACUUUUUUUUGGAAGUAUGACGAUUAACUCUUUGUAGCCUACAUUUCUCUCCCCGUGAUGUAUAAAGUGGCCUGUACAGUCCUGAAAUGUGGGGGUCAGGCAUCGCUCCUGCACCGAGAGGUGGACGCUGGCUUUUAUUCAGGGUGGAAAGUCGACAGUGCAGAAAGGGUUAAUUUGACGACUGAGCUUUCCGUGAGCAGGGCCGGGCGCCCCCUGCAAAGCUGCGUUACAUUCUGUACUGUGUACAAUAAAGGGUUUUGCUUUCUGUU